UUCUAAACCAAUGACAACUCUUUUUUUAUUUGUGGGACGUUUUACACAGUGCGCAUUGCGCAUGACGCCGAGUUGGCGAUAAACAAAUAUGGCGGCUUCGUCGUUCCAGUCUAUGCGAAAUUUUUGGAAAGAAUUUUCCCUUCCAGAACUCCAGAAAUCAUUAGACACGACCGCAGCAGAACUAGCAGAUCGCCAAGAUGAAUCAGAUACUUCAAGGAAGAAGCUUGUCGAACUUAGCCGUGAUUUUAAAAAGAAUACUCCAGAAGAAAUCAGGAAAAAGAUGGCACCUCUUUUAAAAAGUUUCCAAGCUGAGAUUGAUGCUCUUUCAAAAAGAAGCAAGGCAUCAGAAACCGCUUUUCUUUCAAUUUAUAAGAAACUUGUGGAUGUUCCAGAUCCAUUACCAGUUCUUGAACAGGCUGUUGUUCAGCAGCAGAAAGUUUCCAAACUACAGGACUAUGAAAUUGAAAAUAAGCAACUAAAAGAAACCUUAGAAGAAUACAACACUGAAUUUGCUGAGGUUAAAAAUCAAGAGGUGACCAUCAGUAGACUAAAAGAGAAACUGAGAGAGUAUGAAGACAAGAUGGAAGACAGAGUUCAGGCAAGAGUGAAGGACAAGGAGAAAGACAUGCAGAAGAUGUUUUCUGACAAAGAGAGAACACUGCAGGAAACUCAGGUUUCUGUUGCUAAAAAGCUUGGUGAAGCAGAGCACAAAGCUGCAACCCUUCAAGCUGCCCUGGACAGUGCACAGUCAGAUCUAUUUGAUGUGAAGGCCAAGUUUGAUGAAGUAACAGCUGCAAGGUCUUCAGAAAUUGAAAUACUGGAAGCCGAUGUAGAGAGAGCAAAUCAGAGAGCACUGAGUGCUGAAAGACAAGUUGAAUCUCUGCGGGAAGAGCUUGUUGCUGCACAAAGUGCAUUACAGAAUGCAAGUGACUCAGGAAGGCCAAGCAUGGUAAGAUUACAACAAAUGUUGAUAUAUUUGGCAAUAUCUCAGCUAGUAAGUGAUGUGCAGCAUUUACAAGUGACACAGAGCAGAUUGAAAGAAUCAGGAGCAAAUGAGAAUAAAUCCUCUUAUAAUGCGCCCUUCACGGAUGAUUUUAAUUUAAUUUCCAUGCUAUUCUCUUUUUCAGGGCUUCAAUCUGAAAAUACAAGUUUAAAAGUGGAAAAUGUCGACAUAACAGGUCGUUAUUCAGAGCUUCAUUCACAGUACAAUGAGGCAGUGAACACAGUAAAAGAACAGAAGGAACUUAUUACUCAACUGGAAACAGAUCUUCUGAGUGUGAACGCUCUGCCAUCUGCAUUCCGUGGUCAGGGAGAGGGUGAGGCAGGGCCUCCUUCAGAGAAAGAACUUGUUUCCAAUGCAGUACAACAAGCCGUUGCACCAUCAGUUGGUUUAUCAGGGGAGAACGUCGCAAUGGAAUCUAUUCUUCCCAUUGUAGCAAGCCAGAGAGAAAGAUUUAAAAUCAGAAAUAUGGAGUUAGAAGCACAACUACGCCAUAACCAGCAACAGAUCAGUGUGUUACAAAACGAGGUGGACACUUUGCGGUCGGAUAACGUGAAAUUAUACGAGAAAAUCAAGUUUCUCCAGAGCUACCCAACUAAGGGUGCUGGGGGUCGAGACGAAGAAGCUGCAGUCAGCAGAUACUCGUCACAAUAUGAACAAAGGUUGGAUCCCUUUUCGGCUUUCAAUCAGAGGGAGAAACAGCAAAGAUACCUCGGGCUCAGUCCUCAUGAAAAAGUAACUCUUAACCUGGGUCGCUUCAUCAUGUCAAACAAAGUUGCCAGAACGAUCGCGUUUUUCUACACACUGCUUGUUCACUUGCUGGUGUUCUUGGUAAGUAGAGGGGAGCAUGGAAACUAACGCUCAGUCGUUUAGUUGUUGAUUAAAUGUCAGUUGUGCGACGUGAGAAUAACAAUGUAAGCUAUGAGUGUGCAUUUUGCUGCACGCUUAGUUAUACUGAGUUUGAUAGCGCUGCUUUAGUAGCUAUGUUGUGGUGUGAUUGAUCUCGCUGAUGAUACAUCCAGGAAUGCUUUAUGGGGCGAUUUUACGUCACAAUUGCACGGCAUGCAUUACUGACAAGAAAUUUCGAACAAUUCUAAUUUCGGACAAAAAAGUGUCAGAAAAUUAAAAAACCAUCUGAAAUGUUUAAGCGUCCGGAAGAUUUACAGCAUGCACAAAAUGAAACUGUGAAGUAGCUCCAAAGCUCUUACUUUUCUUUAUGGAACGAACUCUUGAGAUACGCUUGAGAUACGUAACAGCUUGAUAGAAUUUGUGUUGUUUUCUCGUCGGUGUGUCUCUAAAACCUUGAGGGAGCAGUAAGACUAUGAGACUAUCAUUCUCACAGAUUUUGUCUCAGUCUAAAUCGCGUUUGGUGGCUUAAAUUUACUUAAGCUAUGUUUCAACAAAGUGUCCGAAACUUGCCCGAAAUGAGAUAAAAAGUGUCCGAAAUUAAACGUCCGAAAUGUUUUCCAAGUACAGGUAAAGGUAAAGUCUG